AGAGAGGAGAUAGAGAGAAAGGAGGAGGAGGAGGAGAAGCCGCAAUAAGAACCCAGGCCGAGGGACGUGAGGGGGAGGGGGCGUGGCUCCUCUCAGCCAAUAGGUGGGUGGGAGGCAACACGCGCGGGCGUGGCGAGACGUGGUUUGCGUCGUGGCGUGAGCUUGCGCGCGCGCAGGGGCGAGAAGUCUCCUGCCGGGUCCGCCUAGGCGAGGGCUGGGCUAAGAUGGCGGCGCCCGUCCUCCUGCGAGUCUCGGUGCCGCGCUGGGAGCGGGUGGCCCGCUACGCCGUGUGCCUGGCCGGCAUCGCCCUCUCGCUCUACGCCUGCCACCUGGAGCGCGAGAAGGGCCGCGACCUCCACUACCGGGCCCUCUGCGACCUCAGCGACCGCGUCCGCUGCUCCGCCGCCAUCGCCUCCAGGUCAGGCGGGCCGGGGAGGAGACCCGCUCGGGGGGAGAGGGUGUCCCCGAACGUGUGCAGAGCGCGUCUGACCUACUCCCCCGCCGCCCCCCGCGAGGGUCUGGGGUGGCCUGAGUUAUUUCCCUCCACGGUGCGGAAGGGCCCCUGAGCAUGUACAGACCGCACCUGCCCCUUCUCUCUCGCCAGUAACGCCCCGACGCGUAUGUCCUGCUGCUUCCACGUCCUUGGGUGGUUUCGGGUCUUGCUGGGCAGGUGCAGAGGGUGCAGUUCCUAUUCUGCCCAUACUUAGGCCGGGACUGAUAGCACCAAUGAAUUUGGGUGAUAAAAGAGUGGAAGGAGUUAGCUGUGGGUAGAGGGUCGGACUGGGAGACCAGGGUCCGCGUCUCAAUUCGGCCAUGAAGCUUAUUGUGUGACCUUGGGUGCCAGUCACUGCCUCUCAGCCUGGCCUACCUAACAGGGUUGGCGUGGGGAUUAAAUGAGGAGAGGGGAAACCAUUUAUGCCACCUUGAGCUCCUUGGAGAAAAAGGUGGAAAAUAAAUGCAAUAAGUAAAUAAAAAAUCUUGGGUCUCACCACUAUAUAACUGCCCUAAGGGGGUGAUUAAUGUUGACCUACAGGGUUGCAGCUGACAGGUCUUGGAGCAAAUCUUGGUCACUGCUCUUCGAUCUAAGAGCUCUAGCUCAUCAUAGGAUAUUGUGGGAGAGGUUUUGUGGACAAGAGUGUGCUUCAUCAGAUAUGUGAAGUGAUUUUAGUUACCAGACAGAAACAGUACAAGAGUAUGAGGCCAAAAGACCACCUGUGUACAUGAGAGAGGAUACUGUACAUAUCACAUAGGAAGAAGAGAAGCUGUCAGAAGAGUAAAAUACCCAGUCAGAGUGGGCGUAGCCUUCCAUAAGAUGAACAAUAUCUGCUAACACCUAAAUAGUGUGUUGCAUUCUGGAAUUUCUGCUGAGGUCAUUUGGUGACAAAUCUGCAACCACAUUAUAGUCAAAUAACCCCUAAAAUUAGCAUGAAGAAUUCCUGUCCUACAGGGAGUGGUUUUAGGGUUUGGUUUUUGUGGAGAAACUUAAGUAAAUUGAUAAAACUUUUAACCUGAGGACAGGGACUGAUCUUUGUAGUUCUUCUGAUCUACUACAGUGGUACCUUGGUUUGCAUACAUCUUGGUUUGCAUACGUUUUGGAUUACAAACACUUCAAACCCCGAAGUGUGUGUCCCGGUUUGCAACCUUUUUUUGGAUUACAACCCCUUUUUUUUAGAGGCCCCAUUGGCGAAAGCGCACCUUGGGUUACAACCUGUUUUGGUUUACAAAUGGACCUCCGGAACGGAUUAUGGUUGUAAACCAAGGUACCACUGUAUACUGAUAUUUGUAAUGAAUUCUGGGAGCCUUUUUCAACUAAAGAGUGAGAUAAAAGGCUUCAAAUGUUAGAAGAUUCAGUUACUGAACCAAGUUGUGUUGGACCUGUUUGGGAACUUUUUCCAGCAGAGAGUGAGGAGGAGAGGGAAGGCCCUCUAUACGUGUUUGGGUUGUUGUAUUUGAACAAGUGUUCUAGAUCUAGACUGUUGGCUGAAUGUAGCCUCUUGUUUUCUCUCCAGACCCUUGGAAGAAAUUCUUUUGCAAAGAGGCUUGGGCUCCAGGAUAAGAGCUGUGCAUGCCAGGAAUCUGUAUGUGUUGAGCAACGUUUUUGAGUAGGAGAGGGAGUGGCAGUGAAUGAGUGCAGGGUGGAAGCAGAGAAGGGGAAAAAAUGGGUGAGGCUGUGUUAGCUGAUGGGUGUGUGUCUUGGACUGUUUCGAUUUUGGCUUUGAUCUACUGUGUGGGUUUAGAAUGUCAUGACAGGCGACAUCCAGCAGGCCUCACUGGGUGGACUGGGUGACCGCUGAUAGAAAUUAGGCUGUGGGGAGGAAGCAGGAGGUGUCAGCUGACAGAUUUAUUUGGACUGAGACCAAGUUCCGCAGUAACCAUGUGUAUCAUUGUUAAAGCAGGAACUUGCAUGGUGUCUCAGAAGCUAGCAGGUGGGGUGAGGUUGGGUGUGGGAAAUGUUUGGGAGGUAAGGUUGGAAAGGUUUAUUGUGGAGUGUGGGUUUGGGCAAGCAGCAGUGAGAAAGGAGCUUGUCAGAUUGAGGGAUGAAUUAAAUGCGCUUAUCCAGAUAAUGUCAAAGAACCUUGUUUAUUAUGCAGAUACAGCCUGUGUUCCUACAAAAGCAUUUCCCACCCAAUAGUAAGAGAACUCAGUUCUGUCUUGAUCUCCACUGGUGAAAGAGGCCCCAGUACAGGGCAGUUUGAGGCAUUGUUAAGCCUUCGGCUCUCUUGGAGAUCACUCUCCUAAUGCAGUGGGGUUUGCUCAAAGCUACAAAUUCCAUUCUCCCAAACUCUCAUGCAUUUAUUACUGCCUUGUAUUUAUCAGUAAUAUUGUUGACAUCGGUUAUAAGGAACUAUAUGUGGGUGAUUUUCAGUGAGCAGAUGGAAGGAAGAGGACAGAGUACUUUGACUCGCCUGUCAUGGGAAGCACAACUAUGCAGUGGGCCAGUGCAAGCAGAACAGAGCUUUCCAGGCCUCCUCCACCAGGCUAGUACAUACUUUUGCAGGCGAGUGGUUUUUCCUCUUUUAUGCAGAUAUCCCCCAGGUUCUGCACCAAAGUCCAGUGCGUUAUAUUGACACUCUGCAUUUUGCCACAGUGCUAGCUUGCUUGGUGUCAUAAUACUUUAAUCCUUUUCAAAAAGAUUUUGUAAAUUCCUUGUGCUUUCAUAGGGAAUUGUGAUCCACUUCCUAGAGCCAGAAGUGUUGUGCAUGCUCCCUAAUACCAUGGACUUUUAUCAGACAUGCUAUAGAUUUUGCAAUAUUCAGAUACAGUUUUCACCACAUUUUGAGCAAUUCAGUGAAAUAGAUUCACUUUUUUUUUAAGACACACAGCCUGUGCAAAAACUUCAACUUGGUUUUAAAGCCCUGUGUCUAUCUUAUGGUAAUGGGGAGUGUUGUCAGACAAGAGGCUUACUAAACAUCAUAUGAUUCCUGAGGAAAUCUUAUUUGUAUGAAAGAUUUUCAUCAGUACACUAGCAGUCUCAGAAAGUCUCAGUUUUGCACUGUUACUAUUUAUCAUGUUGACUUGCUGAUAGUUUGGCAGGCAGCAGCUAGGGUUUUUUUGCCUGUAUUGUGUGGAGGCUGGAUUGACAGCUCAUUCCUGUUGGGACAGGGUAGGGGCCCUUUGGUUUGCUUUGUCAAACAAAUCCCUCAAGUAAAAGCAUAUUUUCUCCACUCCUUAACAAUAGUGUGCUGUUUUAUCUUUUUAGUUAUACUUUGAACUGAGUUUCCCAACCCAUUGCCACGAUGACCUUCAGCUCCUAUUUGCUGCUAGGCUUCCUGACCUUUCUGAUUGACCUCUCCUGCCUCUUUUCCCGUCACAUCUUUCCCUGCUGCCCUACUUAUUGAGCAUUGCUUGAUUCCUAGCUGUUGUUUGCCAGAGUUGGCCAGUAGACAGCUGAUAGAGUGAGUCGUGGCACAGUUGGAUUAGCUUGGCAUGCAGGACAGUGUAGAGUCCACCCAGAGGGUCAGUUGAAAGCUAGAGCACUGCCAGGUCAGGGGCUGGCCCAGCAAGCCCAUCUAAAGACAGCUAGGAUGUGGCUGAAACGAAAGAGAAGCUAGCAGACUGGAGGAACAACAGUUCAGUUGGUUAGAGCACGAUGCUGAUCAUGCCAGGUCACAGGUUCAAUCCCCCAUAUGGGACAGCUGCAUAUUCCUGCAUUGCAGGGGGUUGUACUAGAUGAUCCUCAGGGUCCCUUCCAACUACUACUAUAUAGCUUGGCAAAGAUACAGGCUCUGGGGAAGGGCCAUAACACAGGGAUGGAGCAUCUGCUUUGCAUGCAGAAGGUCCCAGGUCCAAUCCCCAGCACUCCCAGGUAGACCUGGGAAUACACCUAACUUGAAAUGCCAGUCGUUGUUGACAGUACUGAGCUGGAUGGACCAGAGGUGUGACUCUAUAUAAGGCAGUUUGCUGUGUCACUAUUGUCCCAACACCCACCCCAAGAAUGAACAUUUUCAUUCAUCUCAUUAGCUGAUGUGUUUGAAGCACAUUGUUGCUCCUGCAAGGGAACUCCCUGAACAUUACAGGGGUCACAGGUCAAGAUAUGCUCCUCUGGCAGAGCCGAGCAGGAGAUCUUGUGCACUGCUGGAUGAAUAUCAUUCUUCUUUUCGCCUUAAUUGCAGCCAGAUAUGAAAUUUGAUGCCCUGGUAAUAAAUAGCAGCAAUAUGGCACAGCUAAAGGGAAUCAUAAUCUGGAGACUGGAAAACCAGAAGGAAUGAUUGAUUUAAAGACCUCCUUCAUUGUGCUGUGCAAGGAUGUCUUCUGGUCAGAAUCCCCCUCCAACUUUUUCAGAUGGCACACAAAGUUGUCUUGCUUCUCAUUUGGGACUGGAGAAGACCCAGGUGCGUCGUUGUCUAGAAACAGUGGAAUUUUUCAUGCCGUGUCUUCUGGCUAGUUCCUGGAAAAUCAAUCUUUUUUGGAAGCUGGCUCCCAGAGCAGGUGUGCUAGAUUUAAACAUACAAGGUGUUCUAAGAUUUUCACAAUUAAACUAUAGAAGUACUGUUGUUGUUUAGUUGUUCAGUCGUGUCCGACUCUUCGUGACCCCAUGGACCAGAGCACGCCAGGCACUCCUGUCUUCCACUGCCUCCCGCAGUUUGGUCAGUACUGUACUGUACGGGACCUUAAAUAUACUUCCUAAAUUGCUGCCAACUCCACUGUGUUCAAGGUAAAGCUGGAUGCUUGCUGGAAGAAAGGAGGUCAUCCUAGCAGGUGUAAGCAUAGGAAAGUUACUUGCCUUCCUCUCCACAUAUGCUGUAUGUUAGCCAUUUGUGGCGUUAAAAGGAGCCAAGCUUUCUCUGCAUGGUGGCCUAGAGAUGAGAUUGUUCAUCAUAGGGGACCAGGCCCUUUGCUACAGUUGAAGUUAGUGGACUUUGCAUUAAUCACAUACGGAAUUUCUGUUGGGGUGUGUGUGUGUCAGGUGUUUAACCUUGGCAGCUCCCUGCACAUUCUCCUGAAAUAUUUGCUAGCAGACGUACCUUCUGUAGGUGAAAUGUUUUCUGAAGUUGUGUAAUGUUUUAGAAUACUUUUUCCCAAAUGCAUCAUGGGUUGGGCAUUUGUGUGCUUAGGUGGUGAUUAGCAGUGGUUUCCCAGUUUGGAAUUGGGUAAUGUGGGUGAAACUUGAACGGGAGUGUGAGAAAAUCCUUAUCUUGUACAGGAAGCCUUCCUUAAAGUUAGGCACUCAUUGCACUUGGAACCUAAGAAAAGACCUACAGCUGGAUCGUGCCAAUAGGGGCGUAUUAGUCCAACAUGCUGUUCCCACAGCAGGUAACCAGAUGCCCCAGUGGGGAGUCUGCAGGCAGGACCUGACUGCAACACCACCCUCCAUGGUUUGUGAUUCUUAUCCUCAAGCCCAGCUCAGGCAGAAGUGGAGGGCCAAGGAUCAUAUCCAGUUUUAGUCAUACUCAGAGUAGAGCUACUGGAGUUAAUAGAAGUGGUUAAUGUAGAGCCACUAAUUUCAAUAGGUCUCCUCUGAGUAGAACUUUGAUACAGUCUUGAACUCGCCCCCUGCUUUGGAUGGCAUUAAAACAGGAUUAGAGAAAUUCAUGGCAGCAAAGAGGGCUACUAGCCAGGACCGCUCUGCUCUGCUUUCACAGUUGGAGGCACCAAUUCUCCUGAAUACAAGUUGCUGGAAACCCCAGGAUGGGAGAGUGCUGUUAUGCUCGAAUCCUGGUUGCGGGUUUGGCACCUGACUGGUCAGUGUGAGAAGAGGGUCUCUGGACUAGAUGGGCCAUUGGCCUGAUUCAGCAGGCUUUUCUUACGUUCUUACGAACCCCUUUGCCAGCCCUGUCCAAUUUAACAAACUCAAAUUCGUGCAUGGCCCAUUCAUGGCCUCGCUGGCUACACUACAGUGCAGAAGGACUUGCUAAUAGCUGGUGCUGCUCAUCUGAAACCUGAGUGAUUCUUUUAAGGGCAAGUUACAUUUCAUCUGAUGUAAAACCAAAACAAAACAACCACAAAAAACUCCAAUCCAAAAACCAUCAAAAACAAGUAAAGCAGGAAAAUUAAAGAGAGCAGCUGACAGAAGACCCGCAGUUUCAGUAGCAAUGGAAACAACACAGCAAGUUUAUGGACUUACUAAUCCCCAAAUCCUUUAUUAUCCCAUAACAAAUUUAAUUACUAAGCAGAGGAGCCACGGAGCAUCCCGGCAAGAAUUAGCAGCAGCAGUUUCUAUUUGAGGUUUGCAUAAAGGGUUCUGUUUGCAUAAAGGGUUCUGUUUAGCGGUGGUAUGAAGCUGAAGGCUCACCACACUUGCCUGAACUCCACAAAUGAGCCCUUUUUAUAGCGGCCCUCAAGGGCCAUUGAGGGCACUGCCUGCAUUCCUAAUGCUGCAGAAAGCCUUCCUUGGCUUGUCUGGAAUCAUGGUCAGAAAUUAAACUGUGAGGUCAUGGUUUUAAUAUCCUUAAACCACUGGGAGAAAUGAGGUUGACAAAGCGGUGAAGUCAGGCUCAGUCUUCGUUAGGGCUAGGCAAUAUCUGCUUUUCAACUUCGUGAUACAUCACCAGCUAAACAUCACAAUAUUUCACCCUCAAAGCCAGCCACUAGAUGAAAGGGAAGCGCUUAUUUCAUAAAAUUUAUACACCGCUUGACUGUAAGGGAGAAAAGCCCCUUUUAAGUGGUUUACAAAAAGGAGACAAUAAAAUUCAUAAGAAAAAUUAAUGGCAAUAAUUGAAAACUUUCACAAAGUUAAAAUAAUGAUAGACUAAAAACAGAUUAAAACUCUUCUCAACUUUCUGAAGAUCUGCGUCGCCUUGUCUAAACAAGAAUGUUUUUAGCAGGUGCUGAAAAGAGUACAGUGAAGGUGCCUGCCCAAUGUCAAUAGGCAGGGAGUUUCAGAGUGUAUGUAUUUGUUUUAUUUAUUAAAUUUGUAUACUGCCCUUCCUCUGCAGAUCACAACAUAAAGUGCAGGUGCUGUCACACUAAAAAGUUGACUUCUUACGAAUGUGGAACGGGUAUUAUGUGGCAACUAACAGGGCCACUUCCGCUGACUAAAUGGUGGGUAAAUGGUUCCCAAGUUGUUACGGGCUUUAUAUGCUAAUAGUAGUACCUAGCAAAUUGGUAGCCAGUGAGAUCUUUGAUCACAGGUGUUACAUGCUGUCAGCGAUCGUGCCACAGCAUUUUGCACUAUAACUGCAGCUUCCAAAUCAAAUGAUUCCAGUCUUCUCUGUCAUGUUGUAUGUGUGUGGCAGAUGUGGCCGAGCUGUGUGUGCAAGGCCUCCUUACCCAGUCACCUGUCUUACUGUAGGAGGAGGCAAAAUAAUCAGAUUCAUGCAAUGCAGGCUAACUGCUCCACUGUCUUUCAGAUGGGGUCGAGGUUUUGGCCUGCUGGGUUCCAUUUUUGGAAAAGACAGUGCAAUAAAUCAACCGAACAGCGUCUUCGGUCUUGUGUUCUAUGUUCUACAAAUGUUACUUGGUAAGUGUCAAAACUUCCCUCCCUCCAUUUUCCAUUAUCUUUUGCCUGUGGUGCUCAGGGUCACACACCUUCUGUUGAAUAAACUUCGUUCCUGGCACAGCUGCAUCCUGUAUCCUCACUGAACUGCCUUUCCUAUUCCAUGGUCUGAACAAGCAGGUCAACAGCUCAUAGUCCUUAACCACAGUAACACCCACAAAUCCUGAAGCAGAGCUGGAAAGAAUAGUCAAUUCCCAGCCCUCAAAAUUAACACACAUUUGUUAGUUGUCAGCCAUGUUCAGGGCUGGGGAAAAUGUCUCAGCUGCAUCAGAAAUGAUGGGGAAUGUGGCGGCAACCAUCCCCUGUGUUUCUCACUUCGGAUUCCCUCCCCAAACUCCCUUCAGAUAAUCCAAAACCAUAUUUUCAGUGAAUGCAUAGGCUUGCAAAUAGCCACUCGCCUGGUUGCCUUUGGUGAGCUGGAAUCCAUUCCAGGCAAAACCAGGCUGUAACUCAGAAGGAAGCUGGCCCUUCUUGUUUUCAGGCUCCCAGCGGGUUGCAAAUCCUUGGAGUCAGUAUAACUUUGAUGGGGCUUCUUUGCAAGCCUGAGUGGGUGUUUUGCAGCAUUUGCUCUCAUUAACCCUUCCUUUCCUCCCACCCUCCCCACUCCUGCUGUUCCUGCUCUCCCAGCUGUCAAACUUCAGGUUAUCAGCGUCUUGUGGCAGUGACCACUCUGUGCUUGCAGCUGCUUUAAAAUGCUGUGCCCAGUGUUGGCACUGCAUAAUGUAACAGAGGAAGGACUUGCACACCUUCUCUGCAAAGGUGCUGUGCAUUAAAUUUCCUCGCUGGAUAUCCCGGGAGCCUCAACUGAAGUGUUAUGGUAAUUGGUGGUCUUUGAUAUUUUGGUGGUGGGCAACAUUGUGAAGUACCUUUUCGGGGGGGAAUAGCUGAGGACAGGCCCCUGCUUCUCCCUCCAUGAGUUUAUCUAAUCCCCCUUGAAGGCCUUCUGAGCCUUACUACUUUUUACAGCCAGUUUCCAUGAAUCGAGUAAGAUGGAGCAGACUUAACAUCGGCCCCAGGGCUUGGAGCUCGUAACCUCUGAGGCUUUAAGCAUUUUAAGAAAGCAAAAAUCCUUGAACAAAUCCUGUUUCUCUGCCUGACAGUGGGCGGUCGGUUAGUGCUGUAGUGACUGACCUAUUUGUUUUAUUUUUUUCAAAAAAUUGAUACAGUACACCACUUGAUUUUAGUAAAACCACAAAGCAGUUUACAAAAAAAGAUAAAACAAUAAAAUUAUCACUAAGAAAAAUUAACCAAAAUAAUUGAAGACAUUCAAAAAGUUAAAUUAGCAAAACAAAAAACUUGCAUCAGUUUUAAAAACCUGCGUCAAUUUUCUAGACACCUGGGUAGGCUUGUCUAAACAAAAAUGCUUUUAGCAGAUGCCGAAAAGAGUCAUGUGAAAGCACCUGCUUGAUAUCAAUAGGCAGGGAGUUCCAAAGUGUAGGUGCUGCUGCUGACUUCCAGCUUCCAACUGGUGUGUGUGUAACAAAACACCUCUCCAUCUUUCCAAGUCUGCUUUGAAUGGUAUAUUAAACGUGUCUUUUUAAAAAUGAGAAAUAGGAAUGGCUGGGCUGGGCUGUGUUGGGCAAAACUGUGCCAAGUAACUGCUUUGUCUUUUCCAGGUAUGACGGCAAGUGCGGUAGCGGCGCUAGUCCUCAUGAUGUCUUCCAUAGUGUCGGUAAUAGGAUCCUUGUACCUGGCCUACAUUCUGUACUUUGUCCUGAAGGAAUUCUGCAUUAUCUGCGUUGUCACGUACUUGCUGAACUUCAUUCUCUUUAUCAUCAACUACAAACGACUAGUUUACUUGAACGAAGCCUGGAAGCGGCAACUCCCGCCCAAACAGGAUUAACCCCCUCCCCCAUCCCCAUGAAAACUUUUGACUGACAGUCUGAAGACCCGACUUCCGUUUCGAGUUUAUUUCACAGUAAAAGAAGGUUUUUGUUGUUAUUUUUCUUCUCCAUAUCAGAUGCUUUCCCCCAAGGAUCGUCACUGGUUUAAUGACAGUGAAUGGAAAAGAACCGGGCUCUGUGGUAGCUUCUGUCCAAUGAAUUCAAGGUGGCAUCGGUGGAAGUCCUAACCCAAUCAAAGACCAGCUUUAACUCUACACUGAAGGAGUUCUUAGCUGCAAAUUCGUUGCACCCUCCUAUUCUGUCCUCCCCCCAGUAUUUCAGGUUGGUAACACUUGCUAGGAAGCCCCUGCAUUCUAUGUAUAAAUUCAGUUUUGGGAGUCUUUAACAGAAGAUCAUGAUAACUUUAUUCUAGACUUUAGAGGUACCGUACGGAAAUGUUGCUGUUUACAUUAUGUGUAUUUGUAGCUAAGGGGAUUUCACUUAGAAGACUUACUGCAACAUUGUACAUAAGGCUCAGAAGCAUUGGGCAGCGUCCGUGUGAAACCAGAAGCUUAUCACGGCUCAAACCGGUUUUUGUUCAGAAGCUUAGCAACUUGAAAAACCUUCCAAUUCUCGUUGGAAUAUAUUAUUUUUUAAUGGAGGAUGAAAUGAGCCCAUCUCUCUGGAGAAAACUGUUGCAACGAGGGAGAAUUAGUUGAGAUUCCUUCUUCCUUCUUUUUCUUUGGACAUGAAAAUGGAAUUUGAUGCGGCAAGUUGUGCAUGCCUUCAGAAAGCGGCAGGACUUAAUACAGGUUCCUGUGCAACACGUGAGCUGUUUGGCGUGGGUGACGAAAGAUCUCCUGGGAGGACACUAAGAAGGGUUUGGCCUGGGGAAAUGGAGGGUCGUGGCGUUGGGAGAGCCAUCUUCUCAAAUAGGCAACCUGUAGAAAAAGGGGAGAGCCGACCUUGCUCUCCAAAUUGAUGUCAGGCGGCCAAACAGUAUUAAUGGUUUGAGGUAUAUUUCAAGCUGCUGCGUAGAAUUACAACGUUACACUGGAUCCCAGUGACUUACUGGCAAACUGAUGCACUGAAGUCUUCUUAUGCAAGCCAGAAUGCAAUGGAGGGCAAUGUCCAAGGGCACUUAGAGUUUCCCCUGGGCGGUUUCCCUUUGUUUCAACGAGGCUGGCGCAUAAAAUGAUUGUGACAAACUUUGUAGAGACCUAGUGGUCCCGGAUCCUUUUAUACAAAAUUGGGAGUGAAGUUUAGGGUGGAUAUUGAACUCUUUCCCCCCGCUCCUGAGAUGAGGGGUAGGAGGGCUAGGGAUUGUGUUAGAAGAAAAUGGGCAGGCGAAAUGAAUAGGCUCGGUUGAAAGGGAAGGCUUAGGAUUCCGUAACGGUUCUUGUUGGAAACUGUACGUUCAAGCGAAAGAGCGCAUCACUGUGGGUUAUUUUCCUUCAUUCCAUGGCGUCCUGAAAUGCAGUGUUUCUUUUUCCUUUUAAAAAAAGUGCCUUCUGUCCUUAAAAAGAAAAAAAAAAGAAAAAAACCAAAUAUUGGGCCAAGGGGUUGGAGGUGUUUGAAAUUGGCAGGCAGAAGUGGUCGUACGAGACAGAUAGAUAUAUAUAUGAAACAAACCUUUGCAGUAUGUAGAAAGUGUUUCUCUUCCCAUGGGGCUCCCCACAUAACCAAGCACCUCAGAUGGGUUCCUCCUAUGAUCACUUUGGCUAACCUCAUGGUUUGGACUAUGGUUGAGGAGAGUUGUAGUCCGAAGGCGCCCAGGGGGAAGGCACUAGGCUGCUGUGAAGGCCUUCCAAGGACGUUCCUAUGAAGCCUGGUUGGAGGAGGCAGGAAUGCCAGUUCUUCGGCCACCCCCCAAAACUGGUCUUUUCAGCCAAGUCAAUGCUUGGUGCCCACUGCCGACAAGGGCAGCAGUGUGGGCUCCACAGUCCCUGUGACUGGCUUCUGCUCUUUGUGCUGGAGCAUCUUCUGGAGGGAGGAGGCUACCUGCCCUUCCUUCCCACACUACAUUACCCAACCGUGGAGGCUUUGCCCGGCCAGUUUUGAUGGGAAGGCAGGAGCCCGCAAAUGGACCGUUUUGCAGGGCUCAAAAUCUGGGAAGGCAGGAGCAGCUUCCAGUCUUGACACAGCCGCCACUCUCAAAAGAUCCCUCCUUGGAAGUGCUGCUGUUUUUCCUACACCACCACCCCCAAGCUUCCUGCCAAGGUGGGAAAACGAGGUUGCCGCUUUGUUCUCAUAGAGGCAGCAAGAAGGCAAGUGUUUCUGGAGAGCGAGAGUGUGUGUUUUAGCGGUGCUAAGGAGGGUUUGGAAGGGCAGUCUCUGCGGGUGAUCCUAGCCCCUGUUGGAACCGCACAGCUGCUACAGUCACCUGGAGGCUUCUCUGCAUGGGAGGACUACUUGAGGCUCCUGUAUGAGUUAGCCUGUGGAAUUGAUAUAGUCACAACUAUGCUUCAUCCCCAAAUAACUCCGGCAGUUGCUUUGGGUGUGUGUGCCUGAGCACACUUUUGCAAAAGUAUUAAGGCUAGCGGGUUCAUUGAGCUCAGCGGCAUGUGAUCAGAGCACUGGCACCCGGCAUUGUUUCCUAGGCAUCUCGCAGUGCCUGUCAUGGGUUGCACAGGACAGUGAAAUAUCUUGGGGCAGAUCUGAAUGUAUCUAACCAAUCCCAAGAGAAACUGAGAGAUCCCUGUUCUCCCAAGCGUCUGAUGCCAAAAGGAUAGCCCUGCGCUAUUCCCACUGCCCACUCCCGGUGCAGGGCAGACUCUUUCCUGCCUUCGUAUCUGAGAGGGCUGAAAACGUUCUUCGAAGAACCUCCUAGAAAAUUCCAUUCAGUCUGUGUCUAAAUACUUCUUGUGAGUCUGUGUAAGAAGUCCUCGUUUUGAUGUACCGUUCUCCUUUUUAAAACAACAACACAAGAUUAAGGUGUUAGAAUGAAAUCCUCUUGUGUCUUGUGAAAAACGCAGUGUGUUUUCAGUGGGAUUGGCAUCUGCCCCCGACGGUCUUUUUUGACAGUAUUUUUAAAGCCUGCCAAAUGAACAGUCCGGUUCUCACAAGGGACCACAACCGAGCACAAGAGGGUGGCAGUGGAAGCCUGGUCAUGAGAGUACUGUUUGAUAUGUAUAUGUAUUUGUGUAUAUGUGUGUGUAUGUAUGUAUAUAUAUACACAUAUAUGCAUACAUGCAGUGUAUAAAAGAAAGAAAAAACACUAAUAACCGCUCGUUGUCUUCAUCAGGGUGGGGAAAAGUUUCUCAAAAGACGUCUUGUGUUAACAAGAGUAAAGCUGAAGCUUGUCUUGAAAUUUGUUGGUGGUAUAGAUUUUUUGUUUUGUUUUUUGCCCUUGCUCUGAAAGUUUUUGUUUUUUUUUUAAAUUCUUGUAAUGAUGAAAUGUAAGGGUUUAUUUAUUGAUUAUUAUUAUUUCUUAACAUAUCUGAGGGCGAGAGAAGGCUUCGCUUUCCUUGAACCUUUGGUCAAGGAGAAGAGUUCCAUUUGUACACGAUUGUAACCUUGGCCUUUGUGUUUCCUCCCCGCUUCUUGGGACCAGCCUUUUCCUGCUUUCCGGGGCCAGCAAGCCUCAUUGCUCCCACGCAAUUUGGCCUGCUCUGCCUGCUGAUCUUGAAUUGCAGAAUCAAAACCUUGGGUGUUGACUUCAUCCCUCCCUGUUCAUUUUCUCCCCGAUGGAGAGAAACCCACCAUUUUGUUAAGUGUUCUUCGCAGGCUCUGUGCAUCACAGGUGUUCCCAGCCUAGUUUGUUUUGACCCCUGUGUAACAGCCACCCAGGGCACUCGGCAGUUGACUUGUAGCUGCAGGAGAGCCCAUCCGGCUCCUUCCCCCUACUCCCAUCACCUGGGGGGAUGGCGACCCUUCUCCUUUGGAGUAGCCAGGCCCCUUAACGCACUGUGGUGGCUGGACCUGCCUGCAGGGUUGCAAGAAGUGUGCACGCUUCCUUAUCGCCCACCCCAGUGGGACCCACAAAAAGCCCCAGCCAACUCUCCCCAUAAUGUGUGAUUGUGGUACCCAGGUCUCAGCCAUGAGAGGAUAGGAUUAGCCAUGCAAAAAAGCAGUUUGAGUGCAGGAUGCAACAUGGUGGUGCCCCAUGCAGCACCAGUUGCAACUUGCUCACAUGAUUUUCUCUUGAGGUCAGCAGACUUCAUGGACCUAUGUAGAAGAGGGAACCCUUGCCCCCUUUUUCCCAUGCACCUGCCAAAAUCCUGUCUUUUUACACAACCAUGCUUGGCCAGUUGCAUCUGGUUGUCAAGCUGCCUCAUUUUAUGCCAGAGAGAAACAGAGAAAUGCUUGUUGUCUUUCGGUGAUCUAAAGGUUCAAGUUCGUAUUAGCCCUAUGUGUGGGGAAGCCAGACUUUCUGGAGACCAACUUCAUUCUCCUCCCUCGCCUGUCAUUCCAACCCAACCCCUGAAAACUGUGGCCAAAGGGCCUCAAAAAUUGAGUGUGGCGUGUCCAAGUCGCCCUGCAGACAGGGAGCAGGCAGCUUUUUGCUUAGUGGGGGAUGGGAGACAGGGAGCCCUUGUGGGUCGGAGAAACCCAUUUUUGUAUUACACGUGGGACCCUUCACAGUAGAGUAGGGGGUAGCUGUUGCGUCCAGGAGCUUGUGAGGUUAAUUUUGAAUGAAGGCAUAUUAUUUGAGGCAGACAAUAAUCCAGCUUCCACUCACCCCUUCAAGGUUUUGAUCUAGAUGAACUGACGUGCUCAUGUUGCUUUUGUCCUGCCUUCGCCAACCUCAUCUGGAGAGAGAUGGGGGGGCGCAUCCAAAACAUCUGGAGAGCAUCAGGUGGGCAAAGGGCAAAGGGCGGGAUAAAUCUUUGUGUGUGUGUUUUUCUAUAAAGGUCCGCUGCUUAUGGAAAUAAUGUUAGCAGACCGCAGAAUCAGAACAUCUUUUGAAAGGGGUUUUCUUGCUGCUUCAUGUGGUCUCUGAUCCAAAAAGAAAGCUAGGAUUUCAGCUAGCAGCUCCUGGCCUACCUGGAUUUAAAAAUAAAAUAAAACACUUUGGCCUCUGUUCUGCCAACGCUAUUGAAACACACCCUUGCAAAACUAAGGAAGCUGAAGUAUUCCAUUACCAUUUUUUUAAUUAAAAAAAAAACCUGUAUUAAGCAUGGACUAAAUAUUCAAUGUGUGUUCUGUCUCGUAUGUUUUGAUCUGACAAUUAUUAUUUCUUUUUCAUGUGUUUCGAACUCGCCACCUGUGUCUAAAUUGGAGUCGUCCCGUUUUUCUGUUCAACCUAAGACUGCGACAUUCUAAGGUCUGGGGUCCACUUUUUGCUAAUGCGAAAUUAAAACAGAAACCAUGUAAAUAAUGUAAGAAUGUUUUAUUUGUUGCACAUAACUUUUUUGGUAUAAAAAACAAAAAUAAAUGUAGAAAUUAUCUGUGGAUGU